AUGAGCCACCCUGCUUAUAAGUCCCGUCCACUCUGGGUCCUUUGCCUUAUUCUUUCUCUCGCUCACCUCCUAUGCGCCUGGGAUGUCUCCACAGAACACACUCCUGGGAGACUCGGAAUACAGCUCGACUUCUCCCUGUUUCGCUCAUGGCCGUCAGACAAUAACGGCGCAGGGACAGGAAAGGACAAGGCAGGGGCGAAACGCUCUUUCGUUUUCUCCUCUCGUCUUAAAUUCAAGCAGGCAACUGAUGUAACCCACAUCAGCGAUAAACAGCUCACCAGCCUAGCCAUUGAGGCCUACAAAGAGAUGGAAGCAUUGGAAGAGCCCAAUAAGUACGACAUAUCCAAAUAUAUCAGGCCAACCGUCAUUACGGCAUUGGCGUACGGAGACGAAAUUAUCCUGUCAUCGUCGCAAAAGGGCCAAACAUCCUUCUCUUACGGGGAUCCCGAUCACCCUGAUUCUCGGCCCCGGGCGAACAGAGUGAAACAACAACUCGAUCUUUGCCAGCAAACCUUCAUGCACAAUGUCCCCGAAGCCGACAGAAAUAAGGAUCGGCACCGGAACAAUGGGCAAUGCGGCGAGCAGUUAGUUGCCCAUGCAUUCUACAAUAUCCAUCCCGAACCAGACGCAGAUCUGAGUAAGAUGAAUGCGCGUGUAACGACAGUCCAGAGAGGUGUCGGCGAUAACACGGGUCGGGGUAUUUUUGCAAUUGAUCCCUGCAACACACCAAGGACAAAAUCUGAUACAACAGGCUAUUGGGGUUGUGCUGAGUUCGUUCGUCGGCCAGAAGUAGGCCUCAGAGCCUUUACCUUGGCCAUAGACGAGAAUGAAAGAGACGAAGAGUGGAUGUAUGACUUGUCAACUCUGGCUGGUGGGCUAGCUGAUGGAUACCCAAAGAAGAUCAGUUUGUGUCAGGGAGAAUAA